CUGUGAUGUCAUCUACCGGAAGAUGCAGGUUCAGUGCGCUGACUGUAUUCCAGUGAAAAGCUUGUCGUAAUAAAAUAAAUGGGAGCGAAGCGAUAGCAUUACUUAUCUCCAUGGAGCGCCACAUAAUGCGCCAUCCCUCAAACAACUUGUCUUAGGGAAAAUGGUGCCCAGUUCAACGACUGGCUAAUAACAUACAGCCUAUUUUUUUUUUCUCCAUUACAAUACUGAUAGCAUCAAUCGACCUUGCUGGUUUGGCCAUGAAUCCGGCGGAACAAACGGUUACUUGGCUCAUUACGCUCGGGGUUUUGGAAUCACCAAAAAAGACCAUUUCGGACCCUGAUGGAUUUCUGCACUCUUCGCUAAAGGAUGGGGUCGUCCUGUGCAGGUUGCUGGAGCGGCUGCGUCCAGGCACUACUGAUAAAAUCUAUCAGGAUCCCAAGAACGACAGCGAGUGCUUGAGCAACAUCACGGAGUUUCUCAAGGGCUGCGCGGUGUUUCGCGUCGAGCCUUUUGAGGCUGGUGACCUUUUUCAUGGCCACAAUUUCAGCAGAGUGCUAACUACCCUGGUUGCCCUCAAUAAAGUGACUGCAGAUAUUGGCAUAGACAGCGACUCUGUAUGUACCCGUCACUCUUCUGCCCACCGGAUCAAGUCCUUCGAAUCACUGGCCUCCCAGUCCUCGCUGGGCCGAUCUUCUAAAUUGCUCCAUAACCAGUUCCGCAGCCUUGUGAGUAACACUGGGGACAUGACGGAGAAUAGUAACACACAGUUAGUGGUUAAAGCUCGCUUCAACUUCCAGCAGACCAAUGAGGAUGAACUCUCUUUCAGCAAGGGUGACAUCAUUAGUGUUACUCGCACAGAAGAAGGGGGUUGGUGGGAGGGAUCCCUCAACGGCAAGACUGGCUGGUUUCCAAGUAAUUACGUCAGAGAGGUUAAAGGGUCUGACAAACAAGUGUCUCCUAAAUCUGGAACACUUAAAAGCCCUCCCAAAGGUUUUGAUAGCACAACCAUCAGUAAAACCUACUACAACCUGGUGCUACAGAACAUUUUAGAAACUGAAACGGAGUAUUCAAAGGAGCUCCAGAGCCUUUUGACCAACUACCUGAGACCUCUACAGAUGACAGAAAAACUGAACACCUCAGACGUAAGUGUCAUUCUCGGGAACCUGGAGGAAAUCAGCACUUUCCAGCAGACUUUGGUCCAGUCACUGGAGGACUGUACAAAGCUUCCAGAGCUGCAGCAGAAAGUGGGAGGGUUCUUCCUGAAUCUCAUGCCCCAGAUGAGGUCUCUUUAUGUGUCUUACUGCUCCAACCACCCGUCGGCAGUCAGUAUUCUCACCGAUCACAGCGAGGAGCUCGGGGAGUUCAUGGAGGGGAGGGGUGCGUCGACACCAGGCAUUCUCACACUGACCUCUGGCCUCAGCAAACCCUUCAUGAGACUGGACAAAUAUCCCACAUUACUAAAAGAACUGGAGAGACACAUGGAGGAGGGUCAUCUGGACAGGACAGAAAUUCAGAAAUGUAUGACGGCUUUCAAGAAUCUCUCUGCACAAUGUCAGGAGGUGCGGAAGCGCAAGGAGCUCGAGCUUCAGAUCCUGACCGAGACGAUUCGUCUGUGGGAGGGGGAGGACAUCAAGACUCUGGGUUCAAUGCUGUAUAUGAGCCAGGCCAUGGUCCAGAACCACGGCUGUGAGGAGAGGCAUGAACGUUACUUGCUACUGUUUCCUCAUGUCUUGCUCAUCCUGUCUGCAAGUCCAAGGAUGAGUGGCUUUAUCUACCAGGGCAAGCUACCUUUGAGUGGGAUGACAGUGACCCCAUUAGAAGACUGUGAAAGUCACAAAAAUGCUUUUGAACUCUCGGGAAGCAUGUUCGAGAGGCUUCAGGUGAUCUGCUAUAACAAACAGGAUCUGCAGGACUGGCUCGAGCAUCUGAACCGACAGAUCAAGCACACCACUAUGGCUGCUCCCAGCAUGAAACCCCUCACUGUCCCCUGCCACACACUCCCGUCUCACCCUCUGACGCCGUCCAGACAUGGAGAAAGCCGGGGCUUGACAGUUGCUCCUGCAUACCACACCUUACCACACCCCUCCUCUCAUGGGACCCCUCACAGCACCAUGAUGUGGGGCCCCCUGGAGCCCCCCAAAACCCAGAAGCCUUGGAGCCUGAGCUGCUUGCGUCCAGCGCCCCCACUCAGGCCAUCAGCUGCUCUCUGCUAUAAAGAGGACCUCAGUAAAAGCCCCAAGACUAUGAAAAAGCUGCUGCCCAAGAGAAAGCCGGAGAGGAAGCCGUCCGAUGAGGAGUUUGCACUGAGGAAGAGUACUGUAGCUUUGGAGGAAGAUGCUCAGAUCCUGAAAGUGAUCGAGGCCUACUGCACGAGUGCCAAAACCAGACAGACUCUGAACUCAACCUGGCAAGGCACUGAUCUCAUGCAUAACCACGUUUUGGAUCAAUCCAGUGUGGACUCUCUGGGCCGCCGUAGCAGUAUCUCGAGGCCCGAGACUACCUCGGACCUCUCAGAGGACUCUGACUAUGACAGUAUAUGGACGGCCCAUAGUUACAGGAUGGGCUCUGUUUCCCGACAGUGGAAAGAUGCCAGUCCAGCUCUGAUAGUUCCUGGGGAGGAGACGUUCAGUGUAGACGAGUUGAAGAGUAAUGGUCAGACUCUUCUGGAGGAGAAGAGCCUUGUGGAUGUCGUUUAUGCUCUGAGAGAUGAAGUACAAGAACUUAAACAGGACUAUAAAAAAAUGAAGAAAUGUCUGGAGGAAGAACAGAGAGCCCGGAAAGAUCUGGAGAGGAUAGUUCGAAAAAUGUUAAAGAAUAUAAACGAUCCUUCUUGGGAUGAGACCAAUUUAUGAGAUCAAUGUUGCCUCCUUUUUAGUUUUUGUUCUUUUACAUUAGUGUUAAAAAUGAUCGGGAAGUUAAACCAGAACAUUCAAAUUAUCAUGUGUUUUCUUACAUUGAAACCACCUUUGUUGUUUGUGGGUACGGGUCUGUAGUAAAAUAAUCUUACAUAUUUGACCUUACAUGGCUCAUUCCAAUGUUAAAAAACUCAAAGAAAUGGUCUUUUAGUGCACCUACACCAAGCAGAUUUAGUUUGUGAAAUCCUGAAGAAAUGUAAAACCACUUGUUUAUAUCUGAACCAUCAUGAUGUGACUUGGUAGCUAAAUCUUGUCGGUUGGCAUGAGUGUAACCUGUGAAUAUCCCUGACCAGUUUGUCUUUCACCUCAUGUUAAGGUGUUGAGAGAGUACCUCAGUCUUUAAGUCCCACUAAUGUUUGGGAUUGUGAGUGUCCUGUUUUUCUACGUAAUACUUUUGUCAUUACAAAGCUUCAAGAGAUCAUCAUAUUUUACUGUUAAGUUCCAUUUUUAAAUAACUUUUAUUCAGAUGCUCUCUGAUUUAAGAUGUUGGAUCUGUGAAUAUUUACAUGAGAAAUAUACAGAGGAGUUUUUCAUUCCAUUUAAUUGUUUGUUGAUAUUUAAUCUUUUAGAUGCACAAGCAUCCCAGAUGUCACUCUAUGUGUUGAAUGUGGGACAUGAUGCUUAUGCUUGUAUGUCAGUAUGUUUAGUACCUGUUUUAGGUGCCAUUGCAAUUCAAGCUGUGACAGUUCAAUAUUAUGAUACUCAUUAUACCUGAAUUAUUUUUUAUAUCAGUUAUAUCUGUAUACAUUUCGGUGUCAGUGACUUACUGUGACAAAAGCAGAGCCAAACUCUUAUUUAUGGACUUGACUGUCUGUGACUUAUUACUGUACUUGACAUUUAUUCCUAUAGUGCUUACACAGCAACACUAAUAGAAAAGCCUCAUCAGAAUUCAUGUUGAAUAUUUAUUAAUAAGAAUUCUUUACCUCAGUUCCAUGUUACUGUAAAUUACUGAUAAAAAAAAAAAUGUAUAUCUUGAAUGCACUGUAAGUCACUUUGGAUAAAAGCGUCUGCUAAAUGCAUAAAUGUAAAUUCUGUAAAUAAAGAUGGUUGUUUAUUUGCUUCUCUA